CAUCAACUUGCGGGGUGAUCAAGAACAUAAUGAAGGACAAAGUGGCCAUGCAGCGUACAAAAUGCCGUAAUCACACCCGUGCGGCCAAGUACAUAAGUGGCCAGGCAGGCUUCCGGGUCACUCGACGCGGAUCCUGGUCUUGGUGGUUCCGACAAACAAGAUGCUCUUUUACUCACUCUUCCUCGCGACAACCGUGUCAGCUUGCGCUCGCGACUUCUCGCUCGCCAAGCGCCAUACCCAUCGACAGCCUAUCACGAAACGUAAUGAGGAAUGGCCUCCUGUGCUCAGCGAGCACGAGACUGUACUUUUCAAUGCCUUUGACAAUGUGACUAUCGAUGAGUGGUCCGACUACUACGGUCACCAGAACAAGCUCGCCGGUCUGGGCAAAGAAGCUGCUCAGUGGACGGCUGAUCGUUGGACGGAGAAUGGGUUCGAGGCUCACCUGAACGAAUACCAUGUUUACCUCAGCUACCCUUUGAAACAGGAACUGAGCGUCACGUGGGCCAAUGGAACAAGAGAAGACAUCAACCUUCAGGAAGAGGCUGUGGAGGGUGACGAUGUGACAGGUAGGGAAGACAAUCAGCCGACCUUCCACGGGUACUCUGCCAGCGGCAUCGCCACAGCUGAGUACAUCUACGUUGGACAAGGCUCAAUCGCAGACUUUGAACGCCUGCAAGAGCUUGGUGUAGAGUUUGGGGGCAAGAUUGCGUUGAUAAGAUACGGAGGACUCUUCCGUGGGCUGAAGGUGAAGAAUGCACAAGAUCACGGUGCCAUUGGUGCCAUCAUCUUCACCGACCCUGGCGACGAUGGCGAGUACACCGUCGCCAAUGGCUAUGAGGCUUAUCCAGACGGUCCGGCUAGACAUCCUGAGUCUGUACAGAAAGGAUCUUGUCUCUUUCUCUCAACGUGCCCUGGCGACCCGACCGCGCCUGGCUACCCGUCCCAUGAUGGUGUGGAGCGAGCCGCUGUAGACGAUGUCACCCCCCAGAUUCCCUCCAUCCCUAUCUCGUACGCUGCCGCUCAGCCUCUGCUUGCUGCGCUUGACGGCCAUGGACAUACUCCCGAUGAGGUCAACCGCACUGUUUGGUCUGGUGCCCUCGAGGCCGAAUAUAGCACCGGACCCGCACCAGGCGUGACACUGACCUUGGAGAACGAGAUGGAGGAGAAGAUUGCACCAGUUUGGAAUGUCAUUGCUACCCUCAACGCCACGGAUACAGAGGAGACCAUUGUGAUUGGCAACCACCGUGAUACUUGGAUGAUCGGUGGUAACGGUGACCCGAACUCUGGCUCUGCCAUCUUGGUCGAGCUUACCAAGGCGUUCAAUGCUCUACUGGAGACAGGCUGGAAGCCCAAGCGCAACAUUGUCCUUGCAUCUUGGGAUGCAGAAGAGUACGGCCUCGUCGGGUCAGCAGAAUGGGUCGAAGACAACAUCAACUGGCUCACAGAGACAGCGGUGGCGUACCUCAACAUUGACGUUGCCCCCGAGAUCGAAAAAGUCUCGCACGCCCACGAGCCCGGGAUUAAUAGCACAUCCGACUACUCGCGUAACUCGGAGCGUCACCGCUAAGCAAAACCUAAAAAAGGACGAACGCGCUAAUACUUCUCCUGAAGUCGAAAGAGAGCUCAACUACACGGAGGGGCAACUUGAAGUCGAGGAAAUUGAAUUAAGAAAUGCAAGACAAGACUCGAGACACAUCACCGCAACAGAAUCCCAUAAGCAAAAUGGAGCAAAUGCAUUCUAGGAGAAUGCAGAGCAGAAGUUGCUGGAACAGGAAGGCAUUUCAAAAAACAAGUUGACGGCUUUAGACCGCUCCAAGUGCAGGCAUCUGGCCGACUUGGCCAUUUACGAUCUAUACCACGUCAGUGAUAUCCAGGCCGACCAAGCAUGCGAAGAACUUGGAAAGCUG